AUGGCUAUACUAACAAAGCUCAAGUCGGUCAUAAAGAAAUGGCCUUCCCUCACCAAGAACAACCACUCAACCACCGCAUCAAGUCCCGCCUCUGAGGUCUCGAAGUGCGACGUUCUCAAAAUGGUUUACGUCGGAAAGUCUCGAAGACCUUACAUGCUAAGUUCCCACGUCAUCGACCACCCGCUUUUUCAAGAACUACUUGAUCGAUCCUCGAGACUCACUGAAGAACGUCACGAUCAAGAGACAAUCUUAGUAGCUUGCGAAGUCGUAUUGUUCGAGCACUUGUUAUGGAUGCUCAAGAACAGUUGCUCCGAUCACGGCGACGAUGAUGCUGAUGAUCGUGAAGAAGGAUCCGUCGAGGAGUUGGCUGAGUUCUAUACUUAUUGA